GAGGCAUGCCUAUAGAGCGUGUUACGCUACCCACCACACAUUGACAUUCACAUUCACAAUCUCUGAAGUCUUUCUUAUCCGACUAAUGUAAUUUCUUAGAAUUCGAUCGAUCUGAGGAAUCAUGCUUCCAAUGAGUUAUAAUCUGUAUUGUUCGAUUCUGACCCCCACCCCCACCCCCACCCCCGCCCCCAAUUCCAAUUUAUUAUUGUGCACUACCACUACCACUAAUUUCUUCAGAGCUACACCGUCUCCUCGCCGGAAUCGGAAUCGGAAUCUCCGCCGAAGGAUCGCCGUCGUUAGGGCGGCGCUCCAAGACCAGACUGGCGGAGGAGGAGGCAGCACGCCUGGUCAGAGCUGGGAUCCGGGACUCGAAGUCCAGGUCCCCUUUGAGCAACGACCGGUAAAUGAGUAUUCGUCGCUCAAGGACGGGACCUUGUAUUCCUGGGCUGAUUUAGGUCCCGGAUCAUUCUUCCUGCGCGUUGGGGGACUCUGGCUCCUCACCUUCACGGUCCUGGGACUCCCUAUCGCCGCCGCAAGCUUCAGCCCUGCCAAGGAUCCUCUAAGGUUUGUGCUGGCUGCUGGAACAGGAACUCUUUUUCUUGUCUCACUGAUUGUCCUAAGGAUUUACUUGGGAUGGAGUUAUGUCGGGGACAGAUUGUUGUCGGCCGUCGUACCGUACGAGGAAACCGGAUGGUAUGACGGCCAAAUGUGGGUGAAGCCUCCCGAGAUUCUUGCCCGUGAUCGAUUACUCGGCUCUUACAAGGUGAAACCAGUCGUUAAAAUGUUGAAACAAACUUUAGUCGGGACAGGGGCACUUCUUGUAACAUCCGUAGCAUUGUUCUUUUUCGCUACACCAGUUGAGGAUUUUGUUCGAAAUACAUUUGUUAACGGAGACAAUCCGUCUGAGAUUCCGGUCAGCGGAAAAUUCAAAUUGCGGAAAGAGGAACUAUUAAGAUUGCCUGGCGAGAUUAUGACCGACGAUGAUCUGGCGGCAGCGGCAGCUGAAGCAGCCGGCGGCCGGCCGGUCUAUUGCACGGACCGAUUCUACCGUGCUAUGGCGGGAGGGCAAUACUGCAAAUGGGAAGAUUUGCUUAAGUGAUUGAUAUAAAAGUCAAAAUAUAUUUUAGCUAAAUAAUAUGAAAUAUCGUAAAGUAUGUAAUUUUUAAAAAAAAAUCACAAAGAACACAUUGUAAUAAAACAUCUUAUUUUUUUCAACAUAAAAUAUUACUUUUUAAUAUAA